AUGUCAAAUAGUCCUUUUACCUCACAAUCUUUAAUCAUCCUAUUAUGGAAUGCUAACGGUCUAGCAAACCACAGAAAUGAAUUAAUAACAACUCUAAACGAAAAAAGAAUCGACUUAGCUUUAAUCUCAGAGACCCAUUUUACCUCCAAUACUAAAUUUUCAAUUCCUGGCUACACGACAAUUCCAGCUAACCACCCUGAUAACACGGCCCAUGCAGGUGCAGCGAUUUUCAUCAGGUCAUCUAUUCAAUUUACACCCCUUCCCAGUAUUAAUGAAGACUUCCUUCAAGCUGUAGCGAUAAAUAUUAAAUUAAACCACACCCCAAUUACUAUGGUGGCGUCAUAUUGCCCACCUAAACACAAAAUUACGCAGACACAAUUUGAAAAUUUCUUUAACUCCUUAGGUCAAUACUUCGUCAUAGAGGGGGACUUAAAUGCCAAACACCAUUCAUGGGGUUGUCAUACAUCUAACCCAAAAGGGAAAUCUCUACUAAAAGCAAUUAAAAAUAAGCAAUUAUCUGUUCUUGCCCCUCCUAACCCUACAUACUGGCCUUCAUCACUAAGAAAACGCCCGGAUAUUCUCGAUAUAUUUGUUGUCCAAGUCCCUCCAAGAUUGAAUCAUCUAGUUACAAACUUAUUGGACCCGUGUUCCGACCAUUCCCCAGUUCUCUUAUGCUUAGACGCCUCACCUUAUCUCCAACCUGGUAAACCAUCACUGAUAAAUGGUGUUAUGGACUGGGAAAAUUUUCGUGAUAUAAUUAAUCAAAGAAUAAAAUUAAAUAUAAGUCUGAAAUGUCCAAGUGAUAUCGAUGACGCUGUUCUUGAUUUUACUGAAAUUAUCCAGUCAGCUGCGUGGAACUCCACCGUCCACCGGAAGAAAAAUGAUAGCUCUAACCAGUUGCUAAUUUCUGCACACGUCCGCGAACUAAUAACCCAAAAGAGGAAAGCCAGAGCCCGUUGGCAACAAACAAGACUUCCAUCUGACAAAAGUAUUUAUAAUAAACUAACCUGGUCACUUAAACGUAUCCUUCAACAUCUAAGGAACGAAUCCUUUAAUAACUGGAUUGCAUCCCUAACGACCAGGGACAACUCGCUCUGGAGAACAACACGUAAUUGUUUAAAACAAAAGUCCGCCCCAACUUCCUUAAAAAAAUCCGAUGGUACUUGGUGCAAAUCAGAUAAAGAGAAAGCUGAACUUUUCUGUUCUCACCUUUCGGAAGUUUUUAAGCCUCACCAACCAACUUCUAACGUCACCUUCUCGGAAACAAUUGAAAACUCUCUUAAUUCAGCCCUGCCACUUUAUCUCGCCCCCAAACUUUUUUCACCAGGUGCGGUUCUUCGUUUUAUAAAUACGUUUCCACUGAAAAAGUCACCCGGUAUAGACCUCAUCACAGCUGAGGUAGCUCGACAACUGCCAAAGACGGCUUUAAUUCACCUAACCUAUUAAUCUAGUUUAAGAUGUGGUCUUAAACUCUAUCUUGAGGCUUUCGUACUUCCCCAUUCAAUGGAAAGUAUCCCUUAUAAUCCUAAUUCCCAAGCCUGGCAAACCUCCCGAUACUCCAUCAUCUUAUCGUCCAAUAAGCUUACUUCCUUUCUUUGCUUUUGCAAACUGUGCGAAAAAAUGAUCCUAAAACGAAUAUCCAAUAUAAUUAACAACAAAAAAAUUAUCCCCUGCACGCAAUUUGGCUUCCAAGACAAACAUUCCACUAUCCAUCAGGUACACCGCCUUAUUGACUCAAUUGCCUACUCCUUAGAAACGAAGUCACACUGCUCAGCUGUCCUACUCGAUGUUGCCCAAGCCUUUGACAGAGUCUGGCAUCCUGGUCUCUUACACAAGCUGAAAAUAAUUCUCCCUCCACCGUAUUAUUUAUUUUUUAAGUCAUAUCUCGAGGACAGAUUCUUUGCCGUUAAAGUUGGCUCUGAAAUCUCAAAUUUGGCCCCAAUCCUUGCUGGUGUUCCUCAAGGCGCCAUCUCUUCUCCCAUAUUGUUUAACAUAUACACAUUGGAUCAACCAACCACUUCUCAAACUUCUGUAGCAGACUUCGCUGAUGAUAAAGUUAUAUACAUUUCUGAAAAAAAACCCAUUUCUUGCCAGCCAAUAUUUGCAGAACCAUCUAAACCUACUCUCUGAUUGGUAUUCUAAUUGGAGAAUUAAAAUAAACAAUGACAAAUCAUCCCACAUCACCUUCACUCUCAAACAAUCCACAGUACCUCCAGUUUAUUUAAACAAUAAAGUUAUUCCUUCCUCCUCUAAUGUUAAAUAUUUGGGUCUCACUCUCGAUAAACGACUUACCUGGGCCUUACAUAUUAAGGAAAAACGUCUCUUGCUAAAUGCCAGACGAAGAGCGCUCUUCCCACUUAUAGGAAGACAAGCAAAAACUGACCUAAAAACUAAACUGCUACUGUACAAAACCCUUCUCAAGCCAAUUUGGUUAUACGGUAUCCAAUUGUGGGGUGCAGCAAAAAAGUCUAAUACUUACAAAAUCCAAGCAUUCCAAUCGACCUCAUUGCGAAUGAUUACAGGCGCUCCUCCGUAUGUUUCAAACCACACCUUACAUUCAGACUUAAAAAUUUUAACUGUCCAUGAAGAAGCCAAAAAUGCCUAUAGACUUUUCCGCGGGCGUCUUACAAACCACUCUAAUUUACUAAUCCAUGCCCUAAACUCCAAUUCCAUUCCAGGUAAUCCACCUAGAAGGUUAAAACGUAACUGGAACCAUGACCUAUAA